GAGAGUGUGAAAUUGAAAAUCUGAAAACUCCUGCACAGCAGCAGAUCAUAUUGGCUCAGUGGCUUGAUAAACAAUCAGUGCAUUUCCUGUCUUACACACAGGAGAUAAGAAAUUCUUGAUCACAGCAGUCACCUGAGGCAGUAGACUAUGGGAUAUAGUGUGACAUUCUCUUCAUGUCCAUAUUCAGGUCCUGUAGACCCAAGAAUCACGUCACAUCACGUCAUUUUAAUACUGAAGGACCCCAAAUAUACAGUAAAGACCCCUCUGGAAAGAUUCUGUGUUACUGUAUUAUGUUACCAAUUUAGUAUAGUUGGGAAGAGUAAAUCAAGAUUCAAUUCUAUACAGUCCCUGAAUGGGAUUAUUGUUACUGGUUUUACUAAAUUAAAGUGAUAUGUACUGUAGCAAUGAUUCAUUUUAACACUCUUUCCAAACUUCUCUACUGAGGGUAAUUUAAUCCAGUUUGAUACGAGGCACCUGUGAAAUACAGAAAACAAGAAAACUAAUUAGUAACAAAAAUUAGGUGAAAAGAAUGAUAAGAAAAGCAUCUAACGAAAGAAAAGAGAAAAUACAUGCAUUGUGAAAGUAAAAAGGGGCACAUGUAAACGUUAGUUCAUUAACCCAUUGAAACAAACAAAAAACGGUGAUGGUAUUAACAAGUGUGGGAAAAUAAAGUAGAAUGUGAGAACCAGAGACAGGAGGGGAAAUGGACAGAAUGGGAGAGGCAGCAGGAAAAGGAAAAUGUGAUUUAGGUACAAGUGGAGUAGAGGCAGGGCUACAGUGUUGAGUGAUGCAUAGUGAGGGGUUUCAGUAAUCUGAUUAUUUGAUGUAACUGACACGAUGAUUACAAAUAAAGUAGUCGUGAACUGCCAGUAUUUGAUGCACAGGUCUAAUCUCUGUGACAGAGAGAAGAAUGAAAGGAAGGAGGGAGGAAGUGGUGAAAAAGAGGCAGAAGGAACCGUAGAGACGAUAGUGGAGAACAGAGGAAAAUGGAUUCCAGCCUGACAGCAACAUGAACACAAGCUGGUAGAGGAUGAGUUUCUGGAAGGCUGAUGCAGCCACCAGCUUUCUGCGUGCAGCUCGUUCAGGGAACCUGGACAAGGCUCUGGAUCACAUCAAGAAUGGAAUCGCCAUCAACACAGCUAAUCAAAAUGGUCUCAACGGGUUACACCUGGCCUCUAAAGAAGGUCACGUCAAAAUGGUCCUGGAGCUACUACACUCUGGCAUUGAGCUGGAAACCACCACCAAGAAAGGGAACACGGCUCUCCAUAUCGCAGCACUGGCAGGGCAGGAGAAAGUGGUGGCUGAGCUUGUCAACUAUGGUGCCAACGUUAAUGCCCAGUCACAUAAAGGGUUCAGUCCUCUCUACAUGGCAGCACAGGAGAAUCACUUAGAGGUGGUCAAGUUCCUGCUCGAGAACGGUGCCAAUCAGAGUCUCCCAACUGAGGAUGGCUUCACUCCCCUGGCAGUAGCUCUCCAGCAGGGCCAUGAAAAUGUUGUGGCACUGCUCAUCAACUAUGGCACCAAGGGCAAGGUCCGCCUCCCUGCACUGCACAUCGCUGCGCGAAACGACGACACACGCACCGCUGCAGUGCUCCUGCAGAACGACCCCAACGCUGAUGUUCUCAGCAAGACUGGUUUCACACCUCUCCAUAUUGCAGCCCACUAUGAGAAUAUGAGCGUAGCCCAGCUGCUUCUAAACAGAGGAGCCAAUGUAAACUUCACCCCCAAGAAUGGCAUCACGCCCCUUCAUAUAGCCUCCAGGAGGGGCAAUGUGAUGAUGGUCAGACUACUGCUGGACAGAGGAGCACAGAUUGAUGCCAAAACUAAGGAUGAGCUGACUCCUCUUCACUGUGCAGCCAGGAAUGGUCACGUUCGCAUCCUUGAGAUCCUGCUGGAACACGGUGCUCCCAUCCAGGCUAAAACCAAGAAUGGUUUGUCCCCCAUCCACAUGGCAGCUCAGGGGGAUCACAUGGACUGCGUCAGGCAGCUACUGCAGUACAACGCUGAGAUUGAUGAUAUCACACUGGACCAUUUAACCCCUCUUCAUGUAGCAGCUCACUGUGGUCACCAUCGGAUGGCCAAAGUCCUACUGGACAAGGGGGCCAAAGCCAAUGCACGCGCUCUAAAUGGCUUCACACCUCUCCAUAUCGCUUGCAAGAAGAACCACAUGCGGUCCAUGGACCUGCUGCUGAAGCACUCUGCUUCCCUAGAAGCUGUCACAGAGUCUGGUCUCACUCCUCUUCAUGUAGCAGCAUUCAUGGGCCAUCUGAACAUAGUCAAGAACCUGCUCCAGAGAGGAGCUUCACCUAAUGCUUCCAAUGUGAAAGUGGAGACUCCCCUCCACAUGGCAUCCAGAGCAGGACACUGCGAAGUUGCUCAGUUCCUGCUGCAGAACGCAGCACAAGUAGACGCCAGGGCUAAGGAUGACCAGACACCCCUACACUGUGCGGCCCGUAUGGGCCACAAGGAGCUUGUCAAGCUGCUCCUCGAGCACAAGGCCAACCCAGACUCGGCUACAACCGCGGGCCACACACCUUUACACAUCGCUGCACGUGAAGGACAUGUCCACACUAUUCGAAUCUUGUUGGAUGUUGGGGCACAGCAGACCAAGAUGACAAAGAAAGGCUUCACUCCCCUCCAUGUGGCCUCUAAAUAUGGGAAGGUGGACGUGGCUGAGCUCCUCCUGGAGAGAGGAGCCAACCCUAAUGCAGCUGGGAAGAACGGUCUGACACCCCUUCAUGUGGCCGUCCAUCACAACAACCUGGAUGUUGUUAAACUCCUGGUCAGCAAGGGAGGAUCUGCACACAGCACUGCCCGAAAUGGCUACACUUCCCUGCACAUAGCAGCCAAGCAGAACCAGAUGGAGGUGGCCAGUUGUCUGCUGCAGAAUGGGGCAACACCCAAUGUCGAGUCCCACCAAGGCAUCACGCCCCUUCACCUGGCUUCACAGGAGGGACGGCCCGACAUGGUGGCCCUGCUCAUCUCCAAACAGGCCAAUGUAAAUCUGGGAAACAAGAAUGGAUUGACCCCUCUGCAUCUUGUGGCUCAGGAAGGGCAUGUGGGAAUCGCUGACACAUUGGUCAAACAAGGAGCCUCCGUUUAUGCUGCUUCACGGAUGGGCUACACACCCCUUCAUGUGGCCUGUCACUAUGGCAACAUCAAGAUGGUGAAGUUCCUUCUGCAGCAGCAGGCUCAUGUGAAUAGCAAGACAAGGAUGGGCUACACCCCUCUGCACCAGGCAGCUCAGCAGGGCCAUACCGAUAUUGUCACCCUGUUGUUGAAACACGGAGCCCAGCCCAAUGAGAUUACUUCGAAUGGGACAUCUCCCCUGGGUAUUGCUAAGCGGCUGGGUUACAUCUCUGUCAUUGAUGUGCUGAAACUGGUUACCGAGGAGUCGGUCUCCGCGAUCACUACAGAGAAGCAUCGGAUGAGUUUUCCCGAGACAGUUGAUGAGAUUUUGGAUGUUUCAGAGGAUGAAGGGGUUGCCCAGCUAACGUUAGGAGAUGAGUUGCUCGGGAUGGAUGGAGCACGCUAUUUGAAGCUUGAUGACUUCAAGGACCAGGAUGAUGACUUCCUCUCCCCGAAGAAGACCCUUAGAGACUUUGAGGGUGGCAUGGGUACCACGCCAUAUUCUCCUGCAAUUCCCAGGAUCCCUUGUGUGUCCCCAGAGACUGUACUACUGGAUCAGCACACCCCCAUCCCCCUGCCAAAGGAGUACGAUGAAGACUCUCUUAUUCCGAGCAGUCCGGCUACAGAGACCUCAGAUAACGUCAGCCCUGUUGCCAGCCCUAUUCACACCGGCUUCCUGGUGAGUUUCAUGGUGGAUGCUCGAGGAGGCUCCAUGCGAGGCAGCAGACACCAUGGCCUGCGAGUCAUCAUUCCUCCUCGAACCUGCGCUGCACCAACACGCAUUACCUGUCGUCUGGUCAAACCUCAGAAACUGACCACACCUCCUCCGCUGGUGGAGGGGGAGGGGCUUGCUAGCCGUAUCAUCUCCCUAGGACCAUCCAGUAUGCAGUUCCUUGGGCCGGUAAUAGUGGAAAUCCCACACUUUGCCUCACUGGGUCGAGGGGACCGAGAACUUGUGGUCCUCCGCAGUGAAAACGGCUCGGUCUGGAAGGAACACCGCAAUCGCUAUGGUGACGAAGUGCUGGAAACUAUUCUGAAUGGCAUGGAUGAAGACUUGGAGAGUCAUGACGAGCUGGAGAAGAAGAGAAUCCGUCGGAUCAUCUCCACUGACUUCCCCCUGUACUUCGCUGUGGUCUCCCGCAUUCAGCAGGAGAGCGAUCUGAUCGGUCCGGAGGGCGGCCGGCUGACCAGUAAGCUGGUGCCCCAUGUAGAGGCUAUCUUCCCUGAUACGGCCGUCACCAAGAGAGUGAGACUGGGACUGCAGGCACAGCCAAUUCCUGAUGAACUGCUGACUCGGCACCUUGGUAACCAGGCGACCUUCAGCCCAGUGGUUACCAUCGAACCACGCCGACGCAAAUUUCACCGUCCAAUUGGGUUGCGCAUCCCUUUGCCACCAUCCUGGAGGGAGAGUCCUCGAGAUGCUGGGGAGGGUGAUACCACCAGCUUACGCCUCCUCUGCAGUGUCAUUGGUGGCACAGCACCAGCUCAGUGGGAGGACAUCACUGGAACCACCAAGCUGAUGUACGCCAAAAACUGCGCCAACUUUACCACCAAUGUUUCUGCAAGAUUCUGGCUGGCAGACUGUCCACGCACGGCAGAGGCAGUGACCUUUGCCAAUUUGCUAUACCGAGAACUGAUGUCCGUUCCAUAUAUGGCCAAGUUUGUUAUUUUUGCCAAGAUGAAUGAAGCGCGUGAGGGACGCUUGCGUUGUUACUGCAUGACAGAUGAUAAGAUGGACAAAACACUGGAGCUGCAUGAAAACUUCACCGAAGUGGCCCGCAGUCGAGACAUUGAGCUGAUGGAGGGCAUGCCGCUGCACCUGGAGUGUUCUGGGAACCUGGUGCCCAUCAGGAAGGCCACCCAGCAGCCUCGCAGUUUCAGCUUCCAGGCCUUCAGAGAUAACAGGCUGCCUGUCUCUGUCAAGGUCAGAGAUAGUAACAAGGACGCCGCUGGGUUUUUGUCUUUUCUGCGGAAGUGCACCAAGUACGAGGACACACAGCACGUACUGUGUAACCUUAACAUAACCAUGCCACCAUGUGUCAAGGUUAUUGGAAGUGAGGAACGCAGGCGAACCUUAACCCCCCUCGCCCUGAGGGAACGCUAUAGUGCACUGAAUGAGCCUGGUGUGGCCACAGUGAAUGCCAUGGAGAGGACUGAGAUCAAGAUCAACAUCAUAUCUGAACAGCUGGGUUUGAGCUGGGCAGAAUUGGCACGUGAGCUUCAGUUUGGUGUGGACGACAUUAAUAGGAUCCGUGUGGAGAAUCCCAACUCCCUGUUGGACCAAAGCUCUGCCCUGCUCAACCUGUGGGCCAGCAGAGAAGGCAAAAGGGCCAAAAUGGAGAGCCUGUACACCGCUCUGAGAAACAUUGAUCGUGCAGACAUCGUAACCUCUCUGGAGGGUCAGGCUCCACAGCCAGCACCCGGUUCUUCAGAGGAGGGUGCCUGUCGUCUCAGCGACCGCGACUCCACCCUGCUGUCCCCCAGUGUCAUCAAUGAGGUCACGGACACAAGGCCACCGCGCCUAGUGCGCAAGCCACGAGUUAUUAGACCCCCGUUUUUCAGAAGGGGUUAUGGGCUGGUGCAGGAGGAGCUGCUGUCCCCGGCCUCCAUGCAGUACAGCUUGCCCUCUCCGCUGGGCAUAGAGCCCUACUGGCAGGAAGUUUCCAGCCUCGAGUGCGCGCCUAUCGCCACCACCGAGGAAGACACAUUAAUGGAGAUGUCGGACGUUCAGGUGUGGCCAGCAGGGGUCAGCCCCUCGCUGGUUACAGUGGAGGACUCAUCACUAGAGGGCAGCAGUCGGGCUGACGACUCAGAGGGCGCCACGCUCUCUCUUCCCUGCAGCUUGGGUCGCCCAAGCAGCGGAGCCAGCGGGGCGAGCGGCUCCAUCAUGGAGCUAGAGGAGGAGGAGGAGGAGGAGGAAGAGGAAGGGGAGGUUGAGGAGGAGGAGGCGCCACAGGAGCCAGCAACUGCACUGGCAGAAAGGGACAGGGUGAGGGCCAGUGGCGCUGUUCCCAAGGUCAACCUAAACGGCCAGCUGGGAGGUCAGAGGUCAGAUGGGAGGAGAGGGGAGGCCCUCGCAGCAGGAGGAGGAGCAUAUGGUGGUGGAGGUGUAGGGCUGGGUUCAGUGGAAGGGAUUUCUGUUGUUGCAGGCCAGCAGGUGUAUGCCCAGCGGUGUGAGAUGUUGGGACUGAGUCGGGCUGCGGAGCACAAUGGAGAUAACCGAGUGGUGGGAGGCGGAGCAUUUCAACCCUACUUACCAGACAGGGACUCCCUGCAGGGCUGGGUGGGCUCGGUGUCAUCAGGACAUGACGACAGGCUGCCAGGCUUGCGCGUGGCCCAGGAGGCUCUGUUGACUCCGGUGUGUGACACGGGUUACUCUCAUGUGCUGCGUGGGCGCCUCCUGCAGGGCACGCAGCCCUUUGACAGGGGGCUGGGCUUCUCUCACCAGGAAACGGGCCAACAUGCUUGGGAACAGGAGCAGAGGCGGGGCCAGAGGGAGGAGAAAGAGGACUAUGCUGCUGAGGCGCAGUUUGUUUCUGAACACGGAAACGUGCUUGCUCGAAAGGUGGGGGUGGAUGUGAGAAAGGGCGCUCAGUCAGUGCAGCGCACCAGUCUGCGGAGAGUUAAACACUGAAAUACACAUACUACCCAGUCCUCCAGGACCGGAAAGCCACUGCCAAACCAUCCUCCACAAAAACACAACCAGACCGCAGAGGAAAAUGAGCAAGUGAGAAGAGGAAGAGUAAGACAAAGACUAAGAAGUGCAAACUACAAAAUGACAAACACAGAAUCAUCCUCAACGUGUGACUAUGGAGCACCACAAAAUACAAGAGAAACAGAGACAGAGGGGAAAAAAGAGGAGUUCAACUUGUAGUUUUAUAACAUUUGUAAAGAAAAAUAUCAACUAGACUAAGGCAUGAUGAUUCUUUCUUUUUUCUUUUUUUUACAAAAAAAACCAUAAAUGUCAGUAAAACAACCAAGAAAAAAAAGCAACAAAAAGUGCUUCCUGUGAACUGUAAUCGCAUGAUGACUGCUGGUGCAUGCCCUUUGACCUUUUGAACUGUCAUUAUCUACAAACUGAAGGGGUACAAGGUACGGGGCUGGCCCACACUUGGGCCACAGGCCAUUUUAAGGACCUUAAACCCCCCAACUGGAGUGGCAAGCAAGUUGAGUCCAAUAACUACAGCCAAAAAAAAAAGUCCCUCAAUGGAUGGUUCUGUAUACAGCUAAGCCUCUGCUGAGCCUACCAAUGUUUCUUUCACUGGACCCUUUCCCCUAUUAUUCUCAAUGUGAUAUAUGCACUCUAUGCUACGUGGACAUGUGUCAGUGUGUGUAUGUGUGCGUAUGUGUGUGUGUAUUCUUCUCUACCGCAUGUGUUUCUUGCUUAUGGCUUGGCGCUGAGCCCUGCCUCAUGAUUGGCUCGCUGCCCCUGUGAUGUCAUGGCUUGCUCAGUGCUGGAAGGAGAAAGCCGCUGUGCUCCUCUGCUGGUGAGUGUUCCUGUCUGCGUGUGUUAACGUCUUUUCCUUUGUGGAUGAAGCUUCUUUCUUGUUAUUCGUUCCUGAACCACCUUGGUCCACCUUGGUUUCAAGCAUUGUUUAACCUUGGUAGGGAGCUGAAGCUCUUUCACCCCCUCAUGUUUCCAGGGAAAAUGUGUUUUUCAGACAACGGGAAUGUUUUCUUUGGAAAGGGGUUGGUUGCUUGAUUGCAUUGUGCAGCAGCUCUAAAACACAAAGAUUGACACUUUCCUCCCUCGUGACCUUUUCUACCUUCUUCCGUCAUUUCUCCCAGUAGCACACAUCAUCUUGAUUCACAGUCUUUAUUAGUAGCCUCAGUCAAUAUGCAGUAAAAUCACAGGCCUCUCUAUCAGCAACUAUAGCUACUCCAUCUAAUGUUAAAAACUUUGUGUGUGCUCUUUCUUUAUCUGUUUGCAGCGACUGUAGGGCCUCAGUGUCAAAUUCCGGUUCAUUCAAUUGAAGCAAAGCGAAUGAAGCGGAGAAAUCAUGGAGGAUCUGAUUCAUGUGAGGAUGUAGUGAUUUGGAGGAUUUCUAGUUAAAUGGUAGCAAGUGUAAAAUAGCAUGAUGCUACUACAACAUAUGAUUGUGAUGGGAACUGUGCAGCGAGGACAGACAGGUAGCACUGUGAUUGUCUUAUUAACACUGACCCCAGACUCGUGAACUGUGAAGACACACAAACAUUCAUAUAUACGAACAAAAGCACACCCACACAUACAUGCGUAUACACACACAUAAUCCGAAACACAUUACGUCAUUGAAUAAUUAAUGCCUGGUCAGAGUGUCAGAUCAUUUUUGGAGUUUGCUACAGCAAUAAUACUUAACUUAAGGAUUUGAAACUGAAAGGUGUAAAUGACUGAACUCCUCAGUGAAGACAGAAACUCCAUCUGGACGGACAGCAGUCGGGUUUGACAUUGGGCAGCUGUGCUGCAUCUGACUGGUUCCAUCGACCCUUAUGUGAAUGAGUCAGAGAGGAUACACGGAUGCAAGAUCAGAUGACUCAUCUGUAGCAGUGUGGGACUGUGGAGGCCUGAGAGGGCUUGUUUGUUUUUCAGCACUUAACGUAGCAAAAUAUAAACCAGGAUAUGUUAACUUAAUACACUGAUACCUGUUAAAGAGUCUGCUGCUGCCGUAAGGUGGAAACCGCCUAACUCUAAUUUUCUCCUAAUUUUCUUUUUCUUAGUAAUUGAAGUUGUAGUUGUUAGUGUUUCACAAUGUUCAAAAAUACACUGGCACCACUGUAAACCACCUAUUGUUCUCUUCAUCUCUGAAACACUUACUUUAUGCAGAAACCUGACGGCAGCACUAUGAAGGGGUCAUAUCAUAGUAGCACACAUUUCCUGGAAAUCAAAACACAAUAUUUAAGUACUGUAAAUGCUACUGUAGCCUGAAUGAGUGAGACACUGAAUGAAUGAAUGAACACAUUAGUUACACAUCUCACAAAUGCACAUAUUUUCCAUGCCCAGUCCAUGUACAUGAGAGCCUCAUCCGAUAUAGCACAUGUUUAUUACAUAUCACAUGUUUUCCGCUGUUACUCCACUCAGGUUUUCAGUUCUGCUCUGUCAGAAUCAAAAUGUUUCAGUUUUUAAGUUCUGAGUCCUCCUCUCAAAGACGAUUGCGAUUUUUUUGGGGGGGGUGUAUGAAGCAGGAUGGUUUGAGUGUAAGUGUGUUUUGUGUGUGUGUGUGUGUGUGGUGGGGAGCUCUUUGAUUCAAUUAAGACCAAAAAAAGACACUAACCACUCAGUUCUUUGCCCUGUACAUGCAAAUUUGCGUGGAGAGGCAAAAUGACAACGGACGCCUCUGUUGGUUGUGUUUAUCCUAAUUCAUUUUUAAGAGUGAUGAACAGAAAUGAACCAUGCAGCAUUUCUCCCUCUACAAAGAAGUACACCAAGUUGAACAAGACUGUUUCAUUUAAUGAAUGUAAAACAAAUUUUCCUUCAUUGUUUGCAGUUUCCUGUGGGCUUCUAGACAAAACACAGUCCUUACAGUGUUUUAUUUGAGUUAACUUUUUUGACCCAUUCUGUAAUCAAGGCUUUAAUUCUGAGCCUUGAAUUCACCCACCAGAGAACAAACAAGACCCCCUCUCUUUUUAUUUACACUGUGUCUAAAUGCUUAACUUGCAGGAUUGAUGAGGUUUACAGCUUUUGGAUGAUGGAGGCCAGUGACUCCCUCAAUCUCUGAAGUGACUCACUCUUUCUGUUAAUGUAUUAGUCUCUAUUUAACAUCUUGUACUGUAUCAGCACAAGAAAGAGGUUGAAUGUAGGCAUUUUAAAGAAAAUAAAUGACUUAAUCGUAUGUUAAAUUCAUAAUCCUUAAGAUUUUCAUCAUGUCAAACCCCAGUUUUGACACGCUUCAUAGCAUUUUCUUUGCAACAGCCAUUCAAUGUAUACGCAUGGGAAACUGCCUCUCUACAAUAUAUACAGUAGUAGUUUUCAUUUUUAGUGGCGGAGUCCGUCUUUCCCUUGUGGGACUUUGCAUAGAACCCACGCAAAAAGGAUUCACAGGAGACAAUGCUUGUACGUGCUGGACGUGAUGCAGAAGACAAAAAUAGACGUACCUCAAGUAAUUUGCGAGACAACAUUUGAUCAGUUUUACCGAGUCAGAUGACACAGUUGACUGCCUUUUUCCCGCUUAAUCUUAUCAGUUUGUUUGGUUCUCUUUAAAUAGAUACACAAGUUGCCACCAAGGCCAGAGCUACCAUUAAAACUGUGUGUUGUGAAAGUUCUGAAACUUAUUUAGAGAUCAUACAAUUGGAAAUUACACAAAUAACUAAAUGUAAGAAAAACCUUUUCUUUGGUAGAUAUUCAAAAAUGUAUGAGAGGGUAGGGUUUUGUUAGGGAAGAUAGGCGUAUUUCUAAAAUCCUGACUAUGGCCCUGGUAGCCUCUCAAAGCGUGAUAGCUGAUAACAAGUCAUUUCAAAUGCAACUCUGGGAGUUGUAUUAUUAAAACACACUUGUUACCACCAGUAACCACAGCUGUCGCCAAAUCAACCAAGACUAAGAUUUUAAGGAUUAUACCUUUAAUUUGGAGUCGUUAUCCCCUUGUUUAGCUUACAGUUAAAGACCAGAUAUUGAAUCCAGAGGAAAUGUACACUUAGCCACUGAGUGAAAUGAUGUAUUAAGUAGUUAUAUUUUGAUGGAAAUCUUCUGUCUCCACUCAGAGGUAGAAACAUAAAUUUGGAUUUGCAGUUUGAAUUAAACUAGUCAGUGAGCCUCUGCAAUAUGAUAAAUUCAACUCCACCAUGUUUGUGUUGUAUGUAAAGUGUGUGUGUGUGUGUGUGUAUGUAUGUGUGUGUGUGUGUGUGUGUGUGUGUGUGUGCUUGUGCUUGUUGGAUCAGGGGUAAGAAGAGAGAACGUUUUUACCGGGCUUGUGACUUGAGAGGACGUGUAACCUACGACGAUGUGUUUUUAAAAAAAAGAGUAUUGUAAAAUUUUAACUGUUGCAAAGAAUAGAGAUCACCUAUACUCCUUUAGAAUGGAUACAUGACAAUGUAAACGCAAUAUCAUAUUACUCUAUCCUAAGGAAUGCAACUGCGCACAUGCACAAAAAAAGAUGUUUUUAUGAAAAUAUAUGUAUAAAUAUAUGACAAAAUAUAUUUAAUUAGAAUGCUAUGCACCCUCAUAGAGUUGUUAUGGAUGUUCUUUAAGCAUUAUCUAGACUAGGCCAACACCCACAUCAUGGGGAAUGUAGAGGCUUUGUAGCUAUGACCACUUGUUUUCUUUUCUUUUGUAUUUGUCCUGGAGAGAGGAUAAACAAACGUGAAUAUGUAUACAAGCCUUUCAAUCAGAAUCAUUCUGACAUGAAGAUAUGUAUAGAUCAUCUUACCCUGUACACCAGCUCAAACCAUUUACAAGAAUUAAUAAACAAAGAUGUGACAUAAA